GACCCCAGCGCCUCUCCCCCUGGCCAUGCUGCCUGCUGCCACAGCCUCCCUCUUGGGGCCCCUCCUCACUGCCUGGGCCCUGCUACCUUUCGCCCAGAGCCAGACCCCCAACUAUACCAGACCCGUGUUCCUGUGUGGAGGGGAUGUGACCGGGGAGUCAGGUUACGUGGCAAGUGAGGGUUUCCCCAACCUCUACCCCCCCAAUAAGGAGUGCAUCUGGACAAUCACGGUCCCUGAGGGCCAGACUGUGUCCCUUUCCUUCCGAGUCUUCGACUUGGAGCAGCACUCGGCCUGCCGUUACGAUGCUCUGGAGGUCUUUGCCGGGUCUGGAACCUCGGGCCAGCGGCUUGGACGCUUCUGCGGGACCUUCCGGCCUGCGCCCUUAGUCGCCCCCGGCAACCAGGUGACCCUGAGGAUGACGGCGGACGAGGGCACGGGAGGACGAGGCUUCCUGCUCUGGUACAGCGGGAGGGCCACCUCAGGCACUGGCCCCCCCCCAGGCGCGAGGCGGAAAUGGGUCACCGACCCGCGGGUGGAAUGGGCGGCCUGGGGUUACUGGGACGAGCACCAAUUUUGCGGGGGGCGGCUGGAGAAGGCCCAGGGAACCCUGACCACGCCCAACUGGCCCGAGUCCGAUUACCCCCCGGGCAUCAGCUGUUCCUGGCACAUCAUCGCGCCCCCGGACCAGGUGAUCUCGCUGACCUUCGGGAAGUUUGACCUGGAGCCCGACACCUACUGCCGCUACGACUCGGUCAGCGUGUUCAACGGAGCAGUGAGCGAUGACUCCAAGAGGCUGGGGAAGUUCUGCGGCGACACGGCCCCGGGUACCAUCUCUUCCGAAGGGAACGAGCUCCUCGUCCAGUUCGUCUCUGACCUCAGUGUCACGGCCGAUGGUUUCUCGGCCUCCUACAAGACCCUGCCGCGAGGUGCCGAAGGGCAGGCCCGGAGCCCCGGGGAGGUUGCCCGGCCGGGUACCUCGCUCCCCAAGCCCAGACCCCCACCUGCAGAGAAACCAAAGGCCUCGUCUGAAGCCCAGGCAACUCCGGGGGCCCCCGCCGUGCCUGCUGUGUCCUGCCCAAAGCAGUGCCGACGGACAGGCACCUUGCAGAGCAACUUCUGUUCCAGCAGCCUGGUGGUGACCGCAACAGUGAAGUCCAUGGUUCGGGGUCCAGGAGAGGGCCUCACUGUCACCGUCAGUCUCAUUGGUGCUUACAAAACCGGAGGCCUGGACCUGCCCUCUCCACUCACUGACACCCCCCUGAAGUUUUAUGUGCCCUGCAAGCAGUGCCCCCCCAUGAAGAAAGGAGCCAGUUAUCUGAUCAUGGGCCAAGUGGACGAAAACAGAGGUCCUGUCCUUCCUGCAGACAGCUUCGUGGUUCUCUACCGGUCCAACCAGGACCAGAUCCUCACCAACCUCAGCAAGAGGAAGUGCCCCUCCCAGCCUGUUCGGGCUGCUGGGUCCCAGGCCUAAAACCCAGGCUACCUUCCGGAGCCCUAAAGACUCCUUUCUUAUCCAAAUAAAUGUUUCUUGAUGGAGGAA